AUGUUAAUAUGCCAAAUCCUAACUGUUUUAAGUGCUCUACUGAAGAUAGUUGAGAACAAAAAUAACAACGAUCCAUGCUUCUUUCACAAUUGUUUCUGGAACAAACACCUAGGAAAUGAAUUCUCAAUCAACGAAUUAACAUAUACCAAUGAUGAACUUGAAAUACAAUUUUACGAUAUUUUGAAUCAGCAAAUACUUGCACCAUAUAGAGACCAAUUGAACCGGGAUCAACUGAAAGCAUGUGAAGAAUGUAUUGAGUCAUUCAAACUAAUAUCUGAGUGGUAUUUCUCAGAUUACAACUCCUUGAAAUGUUUCUAUCCUGACCUAAUUCAUACUAAACCAACAAUAUCAUUGAUAUAUCCUAGUGAUUCAGUAGUGCAAAUAAAAUUAGCAAUCCCAGUAAGAAAUGAACAGACUAUCACAUUCCAGGAAAAUGGUGCGAGGUAUCUUCUUGGAAUGCAUAUACUAGAUGAUUAUGCUUCAUAUAUGAAUAUUCUACGGAUGUCAUUCCAUAAAGUCUAUUUUGAAACAGAUUGGAAGACUACAAUAGUCUCAUUCAAAUUCGCNCUAAUAUCUGAGUGGUAUUUCUCAGAUUACAACUCCUUGAAAUGUUUCUAUCCUGACCUAAUUCAUACUAAACCAACAAUAUCAUUGAUAUAUCCUAGUGAUUCAGUAGUGCAAAUAAAAUUAGCAAUCCCAGUAAGAAAUGAACAGACUAUCACAUUCCAGGAAAAUGGUGCGAGGUAUCUUCUUGGAAUGCAUAUACUAGAUGAUUAUGCUUCAUAUAUGAAUAUUCUACGGAUGUCAUUCCAUAAAGUCUAUUUUGAAACAGAUUGGAAGACUACAAUAGUCUCAUUCAAAUUCGCAGAGCUCACUAAUUCACCCAGAGUACUUUUCAGGCAUCCGAUGAGAAUUGAAACUGAACUUCUCCUAAAAAUAUUUGAGGGAUUUGCAACAUACAAUAACGUCAGAAUAUAUGGGAAUGCCAAGAUUUCACAAGAUUUUCCGUAUCUUAAAAAUAGAUUCAGUACAGUGAUACAAUUCAGUGAUGACUACAAAUUUAAAGACAACAACGAUUUACCUGAAUUAAAACAGAUAGAAGAACCAAAAAAGGAAAAUAAUCAAAUCCAAGUACCACAAAAGAAAAAGAAUACAAUGCUAGUUAUAGUGAUAUUACUUGGAGUAGUGAUAGUAUUGGUAGCGUUUGUAAACUACAAAAUAAUGAAGAAAACAGUUUAA